AUAUUGAUUAUGAUGAAAUUAACCUUGAUGAUAUCGAUUUUGACAAAAUUGAUUAUUCCGAUACUGAAUUUUUAGUUCCAUCAAUUCAAAAAUCUCCAAAGCCUGCUUUAUCAAUAUUUCCUAUCGAAAUUUGGACACAAAUAAUUUCUUAUAUUAAUGAUAUUCAAACUUUAAAAAGUCUAAUUUUAACAUGUUCAAUCUUGCGUGAAAUUUUAAAAGAACCGUUAAUAACACAAAUGGUUAAUUGUGAACCAUUGAACAAAUUAUUUGAAUUAACCAAAGAGUGUAUAGAAAAGGAACGAAAUGAUAAUAAAGAAAUCAAAAAAAUGGAUAUUAAAGAAGUUAUUCUCAAAAUGCAUAAAUAUGUUGAUAAAGUUGUCUACAGUGAAGAUGGUCCAUCUAAAUGGACGGAUAAUAUAAUUGAAUGGGAAGGAUAUAAUGAGAAGUUGGAUAUUUACACUAAUCAAGAAGCAUUUAGACGUGAAGUUGGACGUAGAGGAAAGGCUAGAGCUAAAGCUUAUAUUGAAUGGGAAUUGAAAACCGAAAAUGAAAAGAAAGUUUUUAAAAGAGAAUUGGCAAAAUGUUGGGCAGUUAUUGGAAAGUUGUUUCCAUUUAGCCAUGCAGAGAAUCGAGAGUGGAAAAAAAGACGUCAAGAAAGGUCAACACCUGUUCAAGAAGACUCAUUGACGCCAAAAGAAAAUAAAGUUCCUCGUCAACCAAAACAACACCAAAGAACGAAAGCUUAUGGUGUUCCCAAAAGUUGCCUUCAACCAAGACUUUCUAAACAGAAACAUCAUGAGCCAGAAAAUUUACCUUCUCAAACUAGUGAUUCGUGGAAAUUUUCACAUGAAAUACGUAAUCAAAGUAAGCCUAAAAGACCGAAUAUCGGUAAAGGAGAAGAGGAAUAUUAUAAAAGAAUUUUAACGUCAUAUGUCACACCAACGCAUUUUAAUAAUGGCGCGUCUUUUGAAGGGUUACCACAUGAUGUGAUGACCAAUGUUAUGAUUAAAAUAUUGAAAAGAUUCUCAGCAAGCAAUGAAAAAGUAUUAAAGUUUCCUAGCGAUUUAAGCGGAUAUCAGAGGAAGCGAUUGCAUCGACAAGCUGAAUUGCUGGGAGGGCUGAAAACCAUUAGUUUUGGAGAAGGUAGUGGAAGAUUCUUGGUUGUUACGCAGGAAGAUGUUGAGAUAUUAGAAUAA